AUGAACAUCCACCUCUCUUCCCACCACCUCAUCCCUCUCGACUUCAAAUCCCUCGUCGCCUUACCCAACUCCCACACUUGGGCUCCAUCCUCCUCCGAUCACCACCCGUUCCCCGACUCCGUACCGGUCAUCGACCUAUCCGACCCGAAUGCCACCCCUCUGGUCCGGCGUGCCUGUGAGAAAUGGGGUGUGUUCCAAGUCACCAACCAUGGUGUUCCCAUGAACCUCAUCAAACAAACUCAGCUCCAAACCCAUCGACUCUUCGCCCUCCCCAGAGACCAAAAACUCCGGGUCCUCCGCUCGCCCGAUGGCUUCAGCGGGUACGGGUCGGCCCGCAUUUCUGACAACUUCCCCAAGCUGAUGUGGUCGGAGGGUUUCUCGAUGAUGGGGUCUCCGCUGGAACAUGCUCGCCAGCUUUGGCCACGUCACCACGCCAACUUCUGUAAUGUAAUGGAAGAGUACCAAAAGGAGAUGAAGGGACUUGCUGCAAAACUGAUAGAGCUCAUGCUUCGAUCAUUGGGCUUGAACAAUGAAGAUGUCAAAUGGCUCAGAAAUCCUCGAUCCUUGCUUCAACUCAACUCAUACCCAGUCUGCCCAGACCCGACCCGGGCCAUGGGCCUAGCCCCUCACACAGACUCCUCAUUGCUCACUUUGCUGUACCAGACCACUACAGGCGGCCUGCAAGUCCUUGUGGACGGGGUUUCGUGGGCGCCAGUGUACCCAACUGCCGAUGCGCUUGUUGUCAACGUCGGGGAUUUAAUGCACAUACUAUCCAACGGAUGUUUCAAGAGUGUAGUCCAUCGUGCCAUUGUCAACAAAGUGCACCAUCGCAUCUCCAUCGCGUACUUCUACGGCCCGCCAUGGGAUGUGAAGAUAUCGCCGUUGAUGAAAUUGAUCGAUCACGAUCAUCCACCUCUCUAUCAGCCGGUAACUUGGAAGGAGUACCUUGGUUACAAGGCAACGCACUUCAACAGGGCGCUUGAACUCAUCCGGAAUGAUGGUGGAGAAAUACAAGCCAACUAG